UUCUAAUUGGGGGAGACAAUGAACAAGAAACUCAUUUGAAAUCCAAAUAUAACACCAAAAAGAUAUUUCUCUCUCUCUUUAAACCUCUUUUUUUUUAUAAAAGCUUUCUUAUUUACUCCGCAAAUCCCGAGAGGACUUCAUUUAGACUCUCUGCUUUGCUUCCUCUUCUUCCUGUCCCAGGUACAGCUGCUGCUUAUUUUUGACACCUGAGCUUCGGUUUCUUCUUGCAUGAAAAUUGAGAAACAAAGACUCUGUUUGAUUAUUUGGAGACUAUAGUUAAUAAUGUCCUCUGUAAGCAAGGCUGACAGGAAGGCAGCGCUCGAUGUGGCCUCAUGGUUUUUCAAUGUUGUCACAUCUGUGGGUAUAAUCAUGGUCAAUAAAGCCUUGAUGGCUACAUAUGGCUUCGGUUUUGCUACAACAUUAACUGGUUUGCAUUUUGGGACAACAACCUUGUUGACUGUUCUUCUUAGAUGGCUGGGUUACAUUCAGGGCUCUUAUCUACCAUUACCCGAACUUCUCAAGUUUGUCUUGUUUGCAAACUUUUCUAUUGUUGGAAUGAAUGUGAGUCUGAUGUGGAAUUCUGUGGGCUUCUAUCAGAUAGCAAAGCUGAGCAUGAUUCCGGUAUCAUGCUUUCUGGAAGUUGUUUUUGACAAGGUCCGCUACUCAAGGGACACAAAGCUUAGCAUACUAUUAGUUCUCGUUGGAGUUGCUGUCUGUACUGUUACGGAUGUGAGUGUCAAUCUCAAGGGUUUUUUAGCUGCUGUAAUAGCAAUUUGGAGCACAGCCCUCCAGCAGUAUUAUGUGCAUUUUCUUCAACGCAAGCAUUCUUUAGGAUCUUUCGACUUAUUGGGACAUACUGCUCCAGUACAAGCUGCAAGCCUGCUCUUAGUUGGUCCUUUUGUGGACUACUGGUUAACAGAGAAAAAGGUUUAUGCUUAUGACUACUCUGUGAUCUCAAUGUUUUUCUUAAUCAUGUCAUGUACCAUUGCCGUUGGGACCAACCUCAGCCAAUUCAUCUGCAUCGGCAGGUUCACGGCCGUAUCAUUCCAAGUGCUUGGCCAUAUGAAGACUAUUCUUGUUCUCCUCUUAGGGUUUAUUUUCUUCGGGAAAGAAGGUCUCAAUCUACAUGUAAUUCUCGGUAUGGUCAUCGCAGUCUUAGGGAUGGUCUGGUAUGGUAAUGCCUCCUCCAAACCGGGUGGAAAAGAACGUCGGAUUUAUUCAGCUCCAAGCAACAAAUUACAUAAACAGGAGUUAUCAGAUUCCACCGAGACAGAAGAGGUCUGAAAAUUCAUUCAAGGGUUUAACAAAGUAAAAGGGAAACUAAAGACAUUUUUAACUAAGUCAGGCAGAUUCCGGGAAUCUAUUUUCACCUAGAGGAUCAAAGUUCCAAUUUAUUACUAUAUUGGUUGUUUUUUUUUUUCUCAUUUUUCACAAAUCAUGGUUUAUCAUUGUGUUGUCCUUUAAUUUAUUCAAGUGAAAAGAUGGUGUUGAGAGAGGGAGCAAAUUCCCUGUAAAAAGGGUAUUUUUUUUCACUAAUAAUAUUUUCUAUAGUAAUUUAUUUCCUUGCUUUUCAA